AGCGACGCCUCUUUUUCGUGCAUCUGUCCUGAUUCCAAUCUGCAUGGUCUCUGAACGUACACAGUAAGGUGGGUGGAGCACCUGCAUGCUGAUUCAUCCUGGCGUGUGACGUGACCAGUGAGGCACCUUACUCUCCGUCCUUCGCUGCGACACCGUGUACUAAAGAAGAGCGGACCCAACACUAGCUGCUCGGUGUUCCUUUUUUCUCUAGAGAAAAUGGCAUCCAAUCCUUACAACCCUCCCCCUGCUGCCCACCAGCACACUGUGGUUAUUCAACCUGUUGUGGUCAGCCAACCUACCGUCAGAAGUCAAACUGAUGACUUUUUUGGAGGACUGGGCAGGGCACUGGACAACACUGCUAAUGACUUUAUGAGAGCAACUGCUGAUGUGUCUCGUGAAUUGGUGACUUCCAACCCACUGGUAAACAAAUCAUGUUCUUAUGUGUAUGUCUAA